GUUAACCGGAUACAGUAGUAUUUCAGGAACCGUGAUUCAUAGUUGGCGCCCAGAUCACGUGGUGUGUCCUUGAUUCUCGAUUCGCUCUUGUCUCACGCAGUCCGAACAAAUAAAAAUGGUGGUUUCUGUUCUUUUUGUGGGCUGACGGCUAACUGAAAAUGCACAGAACUCGAAUGGUUGUGAUAUCUAGUUCCAAUACCAGCUAGUACUUUAGUGUAGUGUAGUGAGAUACGUGAGAACUGGGCCAUUUUCAGUUAUCUUAUGGGCGGGUGUCUGUAGCCAUGGAUGUUUACCUGUUUGUUAUGGGUGUUACAUACUCCUGACAGAUACGUCGCAAACUCUGUCGUUGUUUGUGUUUCAAUGUACAACCACACCAAUCGAGUGCCUCAAUUAAACAACGCCGUUAAUCGUUGUACGCUGCUUAAUUGUUAAACAUGAGACGGGGAAAACAUACGAAUUGUUCGCGAUCUGGUUCAUAGAAGCAACAUGUGACCCCGUUCUGACAAAUACAUACCCUUAUUAUUCAACCCCGAAAAACACUCGGCACUUUAUUUAUUGCUAACGAUAAGUCAUGACCGUAACACUGCAUCAAGUGAAAUUUUUAUUAAUAACACAUUUUAUUUGACUUGUUACUGAUCAAUUUCUAUUUUCUAAUUGAAAAGCUCAAACAAUACAAUCAUGUCUGUUAAUUAAAAGUGAGCCACGGUUUGCGGUGCAGUUGUUCCGGUAAACAUUAAGCAGUAAUGUGACCGAAUAAAAGGGGAAGACAACAAAACAAUGAUGAUGCCAGUGAGCGAGAAUAACAGGCACAUUGUGCAGGUGUAUGUGGGGGCCCUAUCGGCCCUCUACGAAGCCCUGUCGGUGGAGGCCAGCAAGCAGACGACCUCUGAGGAGAUAGUCUCCUGCAUAGUUGAGAGGUUGAGCCUCAACGAAGACUCUGUGUAUGAGUUGGCCGAGGUGAUGGGCGACGACUUUGGACAGGAGUGCAAGGAGAGAAGCCUCGCCUCCGGCGAGAGCCCGGUCCAACUCAUGAUGCUGUGGCCCCAAAGCAGCACCGACACCACAUCCUACCGCUUCUACCUGCGGGAAAAGACCAACGAUCUCGGUUGGAACUCCAAUUUCGUGAUGGACCCGCAGCUGAUCAAGGAUUACUUCCACCGCUUCUUGUACCAGCCCAAAGACAGGGAGUACCCGGACUUGUGUCAGUUGCCCGAUUUGAACGAGAAAACCUUAUUGGACAAUCUUAGGGCUAGGUUCGUGGCCGGUCACAUAUACACAUACGUGGGCUCCAUCCUCAUUGCCCUCAACCCGUUCAAAUUCUACCCCAUCUACAAUCCGAAGUACGUAAAACUGUACCAGAACAGGAGGCUGGGCCCCAAUUUGCCGCCCCACAUUUUCGCGGUCGCCGACACCGCCUACCAUUGCAUGUUGAAGGACAGGAAGAAUCAGUGCAUCGUUAUCAGUGGUGAAAGUGGUUCUGGAAAGACAGAGAGCACUAACUUUUUGCUGCAUCACCUGACCGCCCUCAGUCAGAAGGGCUCGCACGGCAGUGGUGUGGAACAGACAAUUUUGAGUGCCGGUCCAGUUCUGGAGGCCUUUGGCAACGCCAAAACUGCACACAACAACAAUUCUAGCCGCUUCGGUAAAUUCAUCCAGGUGAACUACAAGGAGAAUGGCAUGGUGCACGGCGCCGUGGUGCAGAAGUACCUGCUGGAGAAGUCGCGGAUCUGCUCGCAGGGCCGCAACGAGCGCAACUACCACGUGUUCUACUACCUGCUGGCCGGCGCCAGCAUGCAGGAACGCCAGAUCCUCCACCUCAAGUCCCCCGACCAGUACUACUACCUGAACAAGUCGUGUCUGACCCUCGAGAACGUCGACGAGAACUACGAGUUCUCGCGGCUGAAACAGUCGAUGGAGAUGGUCGGGUUCACGCCGGAGAAACAGAGACGCCUCUUCUCGGUCCUGUCGGCCGUCCUGCUGCUCGGCAACGUCGAGUUCCAGCCGCGCAAGUCCGCCUACCACCACGACGAGGCGGUCGGCGUCAAGAACCCGGACGUGGUGGCCCUCAUCUCCGAACUGCUCAGAGUCAAACAGGAGACGCUGAUGCAGGCGUUGACGGCCAAAAGGGCGAGGGCGUCCGGCGAGACGCUGGUCAUCAACUACAGACUGCCGGAGGCGAUAGCCAGUCGCGACGCGAUGGCCAAGUGCCUCUACGGCGCCCUCUUCGACUGGAUCGUGCUCCAGGUGAACCACGCGCUCCUCUCCAAGAAGGACACGCCGCGCGAACACCAGGGCAACUCGAUCGGCGUCCUCGACAUAUUCGGCUUCGAGGACUUCGGCCUCAACAACAGCUUCGAGCAGCUGUGCAUCAACUAUGCCAACGAGCAUCUGCAGUACUACUUCAAUCAGCACGUGUUCAAGUACGAGCAGGAGGAGUACCGCAAGGAGGACAUCCGGUGGAACAACAUCGACUUCAUGGACAACACCGGCUGUCUGCAGCUCAUCGAGGGCAAGCCCAACGGGCUGCUCUGUCUGCUCGACGACCAGUGCAAUUUCCCGGGCGCGACCAACGAGACGCUCCUGCAAAAGUUCAACACCGUCCACAAGGACAACAAGUUCUACAAAAAGCCGCAGAAGAAGGAGUUCGCGUUCAUCGUCGAACACUACGCGGGCAAGGUGAAGUACCAGGUGACCGACAUGCGCGAGAAAAACCUCGACCUGAUGCGCCAGGACAUCGUCGGCGUGCUCAAGAACAGCUCCAUGGCGUUCGUCAGGGAGCUGGUUGGCGCCGAUCCGGUGGCCGUGUUCCGUUGGGCAAUUGUACGCGCCUUCUUCCGCGCCUACUUCGCCUUCCACGAGGCGGGACGCAAGCACCGGCAGGGACGCGUGGACGGCAACAAGAACAACAUCCAGCAACGCUACCAGAGGAACCACGUUCCCAACGAGAAUCUGAUCAGUAAACAACGAAACCCGUUGUCGUUCAACCGCGCGGGUCGCAACCACCACAACAACAACAACGACCACCUCGAAUCGCCGAACAACGGCACCGGUCACAACCGGCUGUCCUGGCCGCAGUUCUAUCAGCGCAACAGGUUUGUUGGCGGAGGCGGCGGCAGCGGCGGCACGGGCAGCACCAGUGCGACGAACAAGGGCCAAGACGAGGCGGAGACGAGGAGGAGGAAGGAGUCCGCCGGUCACGGCCCCACUUUGGAACGGGUCCUGUGUCCGGACGAGGCCAGGGCGAUCCAAAGGGCCAAUCAGAUUGUUAUGAAAAACAAGUCGUUCCGUCCGCGGGAGCGAAGCAAGAAGGGCCUGAAAAACCUACAGUCGGUUAAAACCUUGGCCGGACGCACCGGCAUCACCUCAACCAACCAGGGCCAACUGGGCAAGGCGAGGAAACAACCGAUGACUGUAACGGCCCAAUUCCAACAAUCGCUGCAGUCACUCAUGGACACGCUCAACCAAGCCAACCCCUUCUUCAUACGCUGCAUCAAAUCGAACGCGAACAAAAUCCCGAACGAAUUCGACGACGAGACCGUCCAACGUCAGCUGCGUUACACCGGUAUGUUGGAGACGGUCAGGAUCCGCCAGGCAGGCUUCAACGUCCGUCUCACCUACGAUGAGUUCAUCCAGUUGUACAGGAUCCUGUUGCCCAAAGGGUUGCUCAGCUCGCAGACAGACGUGCGCGACUUCCUCGCCAAGCUGAACCUCAACAGGGACAACUACCAGUUGGGCAAGAGCAAAGUGUUCCUACGCGAAACCGAAAAGAACAAGCUGGACGGCAAGCUGCACUCGCAAAUCAUGGCCAGCAUCGUCACCUUGCAGAGGUGGUUUAGGGCGUACCUGGAUCGCAAACGGUACUUGCGCACCAAGACGGCCGUGGUGGUCAUCCAGUCCUACUACCGGAUGUAUCUGGUGCAGAAGGAGUUCAAGAAGUUGCUGGCCACCAUCAAGAUACAGAAGUUCUGGCGGGGUUACAAGGCCCGCAACAACUACUCGAAGCUGAGGGACACCAUCACCGGCCUACAGGCACUGUGCAAGGGAUUCCUGGUGCGGAAGUGGGUCAAGGAGAAGCUGCCCAAAGAGAAAAUGAUGGUUAGCGCCGUCCCUGUGCACUUACAAGUGAAACUAGGAAGUUCUGACGAGGCAUUCCUCAGCAAAGAGUCGAGCCAGGAGGAGUUAAUAUUGGACCAAAACGACAGACGGUUUCGGGACUCAGACGAGAGUAGUGGUAUCCAAGAGGACGACAUCGACACGACGUCGCAUGCCAAAAUUAGUUUGCGAUCUACGUUAUCCUUGCCGAGCGUUUCGCCUGGGAGUAGAAGUCCAUACUUCGAAUAUUGUUCUUAUACUCAAAAGAAUGAGGAUCCAAAAAUUGACGACAGAGUUUUCUCCCUGAUGGAAUCGGGCAACAGGCGCAAAAUAACCCAGACCAAAACCAUCGACUAUUCCGACUUGGAGUGCAAGUCGGUGCGUAAAGGCAGUGCGGACUCGCUGACGUCGCAGCGUAGCGUCGAAUCUCACAGUUCCGACUCGCACUCCGGGAUCACCAUUCGCGAGUCGUCAAGCAAACAGGAGUCGCUGCAGAAGACGUGGCAAUCCACUAGCACGACCAGCGAAACGUUGUCGGACAGCGGAGUGUCCGCCACGCCCCUUAUAACCGAACAAAACUACGACAACUUCCUGGACAGCUCGCCCAGUGUGCACGACAACUUCAAAGUGUCAACACCGAUUACCAACUCCCAAAGGCCGUCCCCCAGAGGCUCCAGAUGCGGGACGGGCUUCAACAACUUGCAAAGCAUACCCCCAGUCCGAAAGCCCAAAGAUCAAGUGUAUCCCUACGACAAGUCACCCAACAAGACGGAGCAAAUCCUGGGCAGGCCGGAGGCCCCCAUCAGAAAGCCGAGGAACGUGAAACGAACGCAAGUGAAAAGCUUGGGCGAAGAAGUCACUGACAGCACCCGCAUCACCAACGCCCUACCGGCCAUCGACGAGGCCAAAGCCUCGCACCGACUUCCGGAGUUAAAAGCCUCCGUCACGCCGAAACGGCAGCGCCACAACAUCCCCAAUAUGGAUUUGAAGCGUCGCAACAGCGACCCCGCCACCAAACUCACCAUCAACGACCACCCCGGAGGCCUCGACUCCAGCUCUCUCCUUCCGUUCAAAAACGACUACAAGUCCGUGGACAUGAACGCGGUCGAAAUGGGCGGCCACAUCUUCAGGAAGGUGCAGAAACAGUUAAAGGACGACGACACCUGCACCUGCUGCAAAGACCAAAUCGACACGUUCUCCAAACAAGGUUACCAGUGCAAGACGUGCCGUAAGUUGGUGCACACAAAGUGUAUCCAGAACCAAAGAGUCCUGGACGUGCCGUGCAACCCGCAGAAGUCCACACAGGACAUCGGCAAGUCCGGAAGGCGCAAAACCCGAAAACACUCGAGGACUCCGUACGACUCGCCCAAACCCGAAGACAGCAACUUCAAUUUGACGAGGACGUCCGAGUUCACCGACCGAGAGGAUCGCAUCAUAUCGGGGCCCGAGGAGAUGGAGCUGAUGACGCAGUUUAUAACGGUGAAAAUCAUGCACAUCGACAUGAACUCGAAAAAGUCCAGCGACGUGGACCGGCUAUUCAAGCAAGCUCUUAGGGAAUUCAAGGACAAUUUGGUCGCUAUCUACAGCGUCAAGCACGGUUUCGACGGCUUCAACGUUAAGUACAAGGAUUUAAUCGAAAUCUUUUGCAAAUCCAUGGAUACCGUUUGUCAGCGGGACGAACAGUCGAACCAGUGCAUGGACUUUCCCGUUACGAUGGGCGUAAACGCCUUCAGAGGCUACAUGAACGAGUUCAUGUCGUCCAGGGCGGAGGAGAAGCCCAGCAAAGUCAAAAGGAAGAAGGAGAAGAAGAGGAAGAUCGAAAGCAUCAAGUACAACAAUCACACGUUUUUACUGACCAUCAUCAACAUACCGACCGCCUGCGAGAUAUGCAGUUCUUUUUUCAUGUGGCCCUUGGAACGUGGUCUAGUCUGUCAGUCGUGCAAGCUGACUUGCCACAAAAAAUGCUACACAAACUCGAUCAAAUGCAGAGACUCCAGCGCCAACAAGAAGGUGUUCGGAGUCGAACUAGGUAGACUAGUGACGGAGGAGAGCAAAAUACCUUCGGUGAUCGAAAGACUGCUGAAACAAAUCGAAAUUCACGGCUUAUACACCGAGGGCAUAUACAGGAAGUCCGGCGUCAGCUCCAAGAUCAAAGACCUGAAAAUGAAAAUGGAGGACAGCCCGGAAGACGUCGAUUUCUCCAAGUACCAAGUGCACGUGCUGUCGUCCGUGUUCAAAAGCUUCCUGCGUGAAAUGCCCGAGCCCCUGUUGACCUACGACUGCUACGAAAACUUCAUAACGGCGGCCAAUCUGCCCAACGAAUCGGACCGCAUCUCCACCCUGUACGACAUCCUCAAGAAGCUGCCGCCGCCCAACUACGAUCUGAUGGAGAGACUGAUGUUUCAUCUUGCCAGAAUAGCGCAGCACGAGAACGUGAACAGAAUGAGUCCGGCCUCUCUGGCGAUCGUGUUCGCGCCGUGCGUGCUGAGAACGAACAAACUGGUGCCGGCCCAGGACUGCCUGCUGGACAUCAACAGCCAGACGCAGUGCAUCGAGACGAUCAUAAAGGCGCAACUGACGAAAGUGAAGGCCACCCUGGACGACAUCGACACGUUGCAGACGGCGUGCCAGGCGGCCACCAACCGACUCUCCUCGCUGAGGAGUUCGAAGGUGUUCAGCCCGGAGGAGCUGUGCCCGGCGAGCCAGCAGAGCCAGUCCACCGAGGAGGAGGAGACGCUGCUCGUCGACCACAUCAACGAGAUCCAGAAGGAGAAGGAGCACCUGACGUCGACGCUGCCCACGCUCACGCACGCCACCUCCGACGACGACAUGCUGUCGACCGACGGGGACGGCAGCCUCGACGAUCUGACGUCGAUCGGCGCCGGCGAGCAGAAGAGGGCCCGGGCACCGGUCGUCCGGUCCAUUUCGAGCAGCGAGCCGCGCACCUCGGCACCACCCAGACUGACCACACAGCUCUCGUCGGACGUGACCGGUUCGCAGGUGGUCGAGGACGCCGAGGACCCGAUCAUGGUGUAAAUUCCAAGUGUCUGUACAUAUUUAUAUAUGAUUAGUACAUGUAUAUAUAUACUUAAAUUGCUCCCCUUUUAAUUUAGUAAUACUUUUAGGUAAAAUAUAUAUUUUUUAAAUUAUUGUGUGAUAAUACCCACAAGAAUAUUAUGAUUAAGUUUCUUUUCCAGUAUGUAUAUUGAUUUACAUAACGAUAUGAAGUCGCGUGAUAUCAUUUAUAUUUAUUUUCAAGGAAAACCAUGACACAGAAAUUAAUCUAAUAUAAGUAAAGCUGAGCAACAGCAGCAACUUGUAUGUUAAUAAACUAAAUGAAAGUUUCCAAGUCAAGAAAAAAUCAUCCUCGAAUUCGAUCGUCGGUCUCGUGUGCCAAUUCAAUUGAAUCAAUCAAUCAAUCAAUGUUGCAACGAAUCAAAUUAAUAAAGCAACAUAGGAAUUAUUUUUUUUUAUUCAUUUCGUUUUAUUUAUUUAUUCAUUCAUUUUAAAAUUGCUUUUCCACUAACGAGUGUUUUAUUUUAAACAAAUUGUGUGCCAAAGUGUCUUUGUGUUGUAAUUUUGUAAACUAAACUGGGAAAAAGCACGUUUUUUCUUGACUUCGCAACUGAUCAAAUUAUUCAUGUUUACUACUAGGCAGGGUAACUAAUUACCAAUAGAAAGAAACUUUCUACGUUCUAGUAUUAGAGAAAAGAAAAAAAUGUAACUGAAAACGCUUAAAUUGACUAUUGUCUAAACUGUUUUUGUUUCUCUAAAUGUAUUGUAUUUAACGUGAAAAGUCAUUGUCACAAACUUAUAUAUAAUAUAUUUAGAACGAAUCGUUUAAGGUCAGAACACAAUCAUCAAACACUAUCUUCUCACGUUCGAACUUGUUUUUAAUUGUACAACAACAACAACAACAACAACAACACAAUAAUAUCAAAAAGGCAAUAAUAAUAAAUAAAAUAAACGUUUCGACAACAAUAAAAGAGAAUAGUUUGUGUUCCAACUCUGACCAUGGCAUUUCGUGUGUGAAAAUACAUAUUUUUUAUUAUGCGUUGAGUGAAUGAGAGUUAUACCUGUGCAAUUUUUCAAGACGGUUAAUCUUGAUGUUAUAUUUGUAGUAUUGUGCAUACAGUCAUUUGUUAUGCAUUCUUUUUUCGUGAUAUUCUACAUAAAUAAUACUUAUAAAUAAUGUACAGAAAUUUAUUUUCAUAAAUGUUUCAGAUAUAAAUGGUUAUAUUUGUUGAAAACUAGAAAGUUUUUUUUUUGUUGAUUUUAGAACUUGAUUGAAUUAAAUUUGUUGAUUGAAUAAUUGAUAAUACUCAGAAUUACCUAGCACAUCUGUCACCUGAUAAAAAUGCUCUUUGAAAUUUAAAACCAAAGCAAUAUUAAUUGAUAAAAUAUGUUAGGCAAUGUGAGAAUAUACUUAUAAAUUAUUUUCGAGUAUGUAUAGGAAGAAAGAAUUAAUUCAGUUGGACUUGUUUAGAAAUGUAUGUUAUUUAAAUUCUCUUAAAUAUCCAUACUCAAUAUUUAUUAAAUUAUAUAUUGCAUUUUACAUCAUAUCAUUGUUACAUGUUAUGCGUAUGUUAACGAUAUAUAAUAAAUAUAUGUAAGGCAAAAAAAUUGGACCAACCCAUUGGGAAUAUUUUAUGAUGAUCAUAAGCUAUUUCGGAUGCAAUAAAAUAAGACGUAAACUCCUCAAUAUUCUUUCAAUGUUGGUCAAUUUUUAUCCUUAAUAUAUUGCAUACAAUUACAAUAUAACCACAGUCUUGUCGUUUAAUUAUUAAACAAUUCGUUGUGAGACAAGGAUUCCUACCGAGUCAUAUUAUCUCUGUUAAUAGAUAUAUAGAGUAUUGCUGUAUGAAGCAUUUAUUUUUUAAAUGCAGUUAGUUAAUUAUCAUCGUCAGUCAUUUCUAUAUUAUAAUAAUGUAAUCUCCUCGGUUCUAAUGCAUCAGUACUUAGAAUAAUAUGUUGUCUACUAACCAACCAUUUUUAUCACACGCUUGCAAUUUGUGUUUGUUUGUUUGUUUGUUUGUCUGAUAACUUAUUUUCAUUCCAAAUUUUCCCGUCAAAAAACCUCUCGUACUAUUAUUAUUAUUACUAUUAUUAUUGUUAUUAUUAUUAUGAAUAAUAAGUGUGAAAUCGACAAAUAUUUUGUCACAUUAAAUAAUAAAUAUAACGCUUAUCUAUUUAUAUUUGUAUACAUACAUGUGUUAGGUUGAUUAGCUAAUUCAUUAAAUAUUUACUAGUGUGUUUAUCGGACGUUUAUGAUUGGCAGAAUAUUUUUAGUCGAUUUUGCUUGAAUACAAAGCUCAAACUGACUGCAUUCCUAUUGUCUUUUAUUUUUUUAUGUUCGCAUCAUCGUAGUCAUGUAAGUUGUAAUUUUGUAUGUUGUAAUACAGCUCUCUGACUACUUGGAUUGCGAUUAACAGCAAAAUGAACUGAUUUACUGUAUAACUUUGCCAAUAAUAUGGGGCAUUUCCGCAAUGACUGAUUCUGUUUUGACAUUAUAAUAAUGUUGGUAAAGUGUAAUCUAAAUUAUUAACCAUGAACCAAAUGUUAUGACAAAAUUGUUUAUAUCAAUAUACAAAUAAAAUACAUACAUACUUUGUAAAUAAAAACAGUCAACCAUU